AUGGGUUACGAAGAUUCCGUUUAUCUCGCGAAGCUCGCCGAGCAGGCUGAGCGAUAUGAAGAGAUGGUUGAGAACAUGAAGUCCGUCGCCUCUGAAGAUCAAGAACUCUCGGUCGAGGAGCGCAACCUUUUGUCUGUAGCUUACAAGAACGUCAUUGGUGCUCGUCGUGCAUCAUGGAGAAUCGUCACCUCUAUUGAACAAAAGGAGGAGUCAAAAGGCAACUCAUCCCAAGUAACUCUCAUCAAGGAGUACCGUCAAAAGAUUGAGGCCGAGCUUGCCAAAAUCUGCGAAGAUAUCCUCGAGGUUUUGGACAAACACUUGAUUCCUUCCGCUAAGAGCGGUGAAUCCAAGGUCUUUUACCACAAGAUGAAGGGUGAUUACCACCGUUAUCUCGCUGAGUUUGCCAUUGGUGACAAGCGAAAGGAGUCUGCCGACAAGUCCCUUGAGGCUUACAAGAACGCAACCGAAGUCGCCCAGACUGACCUUGCCCCAACCCACCCAAUUCGUCUUGGUCUUGCCCUCAACUUCUCUGUAUUCUAUUACGAGAUCUUGAACUCCCCAGAUCAAGCCUGCCACCUUGCCAAGCAAGCUUUCGAUGAUGCCAUUGCUGAACUUGAUACCCUCAGUGAGGAGAGCUAUAAAGACUCCACAUUGAUUAUGCAACUCUUGAGAGAUAACUUGACCCUCUGGACUUCAUCAGAGGCCGAGCCAACUGCUUCUGACGCUGCUGCCGCACCUGCCGAGACCAAGGAAGCCGAGGCCGCUGUACCAGCUGAGGAGAAGUCAGCUGCCGAAUAG